AUGAAGCUAAAAGCGGCAAAGUGUGAGUUUGCCAGAGACAAAAUCAGAUUCUUGGGAUUCGUCCUGAGUAAGGAUGGGAUCCAACCCGAUCCUGAAAAGACCAAGGCCAUAGACAAAUACCCAACGCCAACUAACGUGACCGAAGUUCGCGCGUUUAUGGGAAUGUGUUCGUUUUUCCGACGUUUCAUACCCAGUUUCGCGAACAUAGCGACGCCUUUGUGUCAGCUCCUUAAAAAGGAUACGCCUUUCCGCUGGACUCCAGAAUGCGAGAUCGCGUUUUUACGACUGAAGGAAGCCUUAACAUCUGCUCCAAUCCUAGUAGCCCCAAGGUUGGGAACUCCGUUUAUAAUAGAGACGGACAGUUCAGGAAAAGCCCUUGCAGGCGUCCUCAAGCAAGAACAGAAUGGGGAUAUUAAGAUCAUUGCCUAUGCUAGUAGGACUUUGAACCCGCAUGAGUCCAGGUAUCCGGCUAUCGAGUUAGAAGCGUUAGGAUUAGUCUAUGCAGUGCAGCAGUUCCGGCCAUACAUCGACGGUGCUCGGUGUACCAUCAUUACCGAUCAUGCACCACUUAAGGCGCUCCUGCAUCGAAAAGAUCUACUUGGUCGCCUCGCUAAAUAUCAACUCAUUCUGCAGGAAUAUGACAUUAACAUCGUAUAUCGGCCAGGGAAAAAGAAUGUAGUAUGCGACGCGUUAUCCAGAUAUCCUCCUAUCAACGCAGUAAUUCCGGCCCACUCCGCUGAAGACUCCCUAAUUUCCCUUGAACAGGCGAAAAAGGAGCAGAGCGAAGCGUUGUGGAUCACAGAAUUUAAGCGAGCGUUGCAAGAGGACCCGAAUCAACCCGAGCUACAAGACUACAUUCUAGUGGAUGGACUUUUGUAUAGAAUUCCUGCUAAAUUGUCCCAGGAACUGCAACUAGUUCUUCCGGAAAACACUGUGGAUCAAAAAGACUUGUGCUGCGGUAGCUAA